UGGGCUUCCUUCCUAACCCACUGAGCUCCAGGUCUGAAAGUUUAGCCUCUGACGGCACUUCGGGUCACAAAACAGCCUCGACUGCUGUCCACAAUGAUCCUCUACCUGCUCUUCCCUGCGCUCAUUCUCGGUAUUGUGGAACCACAACCAGCUGACCAUGAAGUGGAAAAGCAAGAUGAAGUUGGGAGGAACCAAGCAUUCAACAGUACUAUGAAACCAGAGGCUGUGACAUCCAAGUUUUAUGAACAUAACAAGAAGAUUGAGGAUGAACUCCAAAGAAACCAAACGUCUCUUAUCACAGAAGAUGACGAGAGUUUCCAGGAUGAGGAAAAUAAAAUUACCGGCCAAAACUGUGACCAGGAGAACUUGAUAUGGUACAGUCACGGGUACUGUGGUGAAACGUUUCACCAGGAAAUGCUGAGCAUCGGCAGAGAUAACUGGUGUGUCCUGGAACAUGUCAUCAGACCUUACAGUAACUUAACAACAUGCCUGGAGCUCGUGGCUAAAGUGACCCGCUGCUUCUUCCCAAACCCUGACAUUCAAGACUUUUUUAUCUACAUCCACUCCACUUUCUUCCAGAACUGCACCAACGAACAUGUUCAGGUGCUCGAAGACGCGCCUCAGGGGCUGGUGAUCGGCCUCACUCUCCUUUCUGUGAGCUUCAUCCCCAUCCUGGUUUAUCUGGUGGCUCGGAGUUAGACGUGCACAGUACACGCUGUACACAAGAAGUUACUACAUCGGUGUACUUUUUUGUUUGUCUCUACAAGAUACUGUAUGAGUCAUACAUUUAAAUGCGGUUAAAAAAUAUGCUUUGUUCAGUGUUCGUGUGUUUUCACGAGUAUUGUAACACUUUCACUUUUGUGUGGUAAAUAUCAGCCACUUAACACAAGCACCUGAAAAGGUGAUCUUUAACAAGCAGGAGAUUUGAAAAAAAUGACACCAUUGAGUUUAUUUUGUUUAAUUUUUGUGUCACUGACAAAUAUGCAUCAUAUGAAGUCAUGUAGUUUGAUUAUGUAAUCUAUA